CUCCUGGGGGUGGUUAUUGAUUCACCAAAGCCUCUAAAUCCUGGCCCUUCCUGUGCCCCUGCCUCUGUCCAACCAGAAUGGGGGCCCCGGCUCACAUCCUGCCCCUCUCUAUCCUCAUCUUUCUGUUGGCUUCGUUUGCUCCUGUGGCUUCUCAGAAGGAUGGUAUUGAGAUCUACAGUUUCACCCUGGACUCCAGGGUCACAUCUCGCUUUGCCCACACCACCAUCACUAGCCGGGUGGUCAACAAGGCUGAAGAAGCCCGGGAAGCUGUUUUCCAGGUGGAGUUGCCCAAAUCAGCCUUCAUCACCAACUUCUCCAUGAUCAUUGAUGGCAUCACAUACCCAGGAGAGAUCAAGGAGAAGGCAGCUGCCCAGGAGAAGUACAGCUCAGCUGUGGCCAGGGGUCAGAGUGCUGGAAUCAUCAGGGCCACAGGGAGGAAUCUGGAGCAGUUCCAGGUGUCUGUCAAUGUGGCCCCAACUUCCAAGGUCACCUUUGAGCUGGUCUAUGAGGAGCUGUUGAAGAGGCAGCUGGGGAAAUAUGAACUGAUGCUGAAGGUCCAGCCCCAACAGCUGGUCAAACACCUGCAGAUAGACAUUCACAUCUUUGAGCCUCAGGGCAUCAGCUCCCUGGAGACUGAGAGCACCUUUAUGACCAAGAACCUGGCAGACGCCCUCACCACGACACAGAACCAGACCAAGGCUCACAUAGUGUUCAAGCCCUCUGUGGCCCAGCAGCAGAAGGAGCUCGGGAAGCCGGACACGAUUGUGGAUGGUACCUUCAUCGUCCGCUAUGACGUGAACCGAACCUCUGCCAUUGGGGACAUCCAGAUCGAAAAUGGAUACUUCGUGCAUCACUUUGCCCCAGCAGACCUGCCUAUGCUGCCCAAGAAUGUGGUCUUUGUCAUUGACAAGAGUGGAUCCAUGUCUGGCAAGAAGAUUAAACAGACCCGUGAAGCCCUGGUAAAGAUUCUGGGUGAUCUCAAGCCAGAGGACCAGUUCAACUUGGUCAUCUUUGAUGGAUCCGUGACCCAGUGGAAGCCAGUGCUUCUUCAAGCUUCAGCUGAGAAUGUGGAAGAAGCCAAGAGAUUUGCCUCCAAAAUCUUAGCCAUGGGUGCAACCAACAUCAACGAUGCCGUCCUUCUGGCUGUGAAGAUGCUGGAUGACAGCAACAGGAAGGAGCAGCUGCCGGCAGGGAGUGUGUCCAUGGUCAUCCUGCUUACCGAUGGGGAUCCCACUGAGGGAGAGACGAAUCCCGAGAAGAUUCAGGAGAAUGUGAAGGAAGCUAUUGGGGGCCAAUACUACCUCUAUUGCCUGGGCUUUGGCUUUGAUGUCAACUACGCCUUCCUGGAGAAGCUGGCCCUGGAAAAUGGUGGGGUGGCCCGGCGCAUCUAUGAGGACUCAGAUGCUGACCUGCAGCUCCAGGACUUUUACCAGGAGGUAGCCAACCCUCUGCUGACCAUGGUGAAGUUCCAGUACCCAGACAAUACUGUGGAGCUGCUCACACAGGACAGCUUCAGGGUCUUCUUCAAGGGCUCUGAGCUAGUGGUGGCUGGGAAGCUCCAGCCUCAGCCCCAGGUUCAGGAUUUGCUCUCAGCCCAAGUGAAGGCCCAAUCGCACACCCAGAACUUCACCUUUGAAACAGAAGUAAAUGUUGAGGACAAGGAGAAAGUCUUCCAGAGCCCCAAGUACAUUUUCCACAACUUCAUGGAGCGCCUGUGGGCAUACCUGACCAUCCAGCAGCUGCUGGAGAAAGCUGUUUCAGCCUCAGGUGAUGAGCAGAAGAGCCUGGAGGCCAAGGCUUUGGAGCUGUCCCUCAAAUUCAGCUUUGUCACUCCACUCACAUCGAUGGUGGUCACCAAACCCGAGGGUCAGGAUCAGGCCCAGGUGGUUUCAAAGCCAGUGGAAGCAGAUAAUGAUCAAUCGUCUUCAUUUUCACUAUUGGCACAAAUGCCUAUAUCAGCUUCCCGCCGAGGUUUCAGAGGCCCAGUCCAGCGAUUCCCCAUGGUCGCAUCAAGGCCACCAGGGCUUCCAGGACCUCCAGGGGCUUCAGGACUUUCAGAUCUUACAAAAAGGUUCUUUCUUAAGUCGGGACCUCCAGUAUUUCACAUUGACUUGCAACCUGACUAUGACGAGUUCUACAUAACAUUAAGUCCAGACAGCUUUGCAUCUUCAUCGCUUCCACGUAGUAAAUCUGGUUCUCGGAUGAGACCAUUCAAUGUCCCAGCUGCUUCCCCAACUGUCUCAAUGGAAAGGGACCCUCAUUUCAUCUUGCUAAGAAACAACCGCCCUGAGGAGACGAUGUGUGUGAAAGUCAAGGGAUCGUCCCAGGCCCCACAGAAUCUCUUCUCUGAUCCUGUCCAAGGCAUUGAGGUGACUGGCGAGUAUGAGGGGAGCACAGAUAAAUUUGUCUGGCUCGAGGUGAGCUACAGGACUCCGGAGGUGAAAGUAUAUGUGACCCAGGACAGCAUCGUGGUGACUCGUGGCAAUGGAGGAAGGAGCUCCUCUUAUCAAUGGCGAUCACUGUACUUGUCGAUGCCUGGGCUGAAGUUGACCUUGGAAGAUGGCGUUUUGCUGUUCAGUGACUCAGACAAAGUUACCAUUGGCCUAGUGGCCUUGAACCAUCCCACACCUGCAUUGCAGCUCUUCCUAAGUGAUCCAGGUCACUUCUCCAGCCAAGCCAGUGGAGUCCUCGGUCAGUUUUACCAGGACUUGCAGUGGGAUCCUGUUGGGCCAAGCACAGUUGGAGACACACGAGAAUUGAGUGUGAUGGGAAAGACAUAUACAGUCACCAGAAAGUCCGUGGUGAAUUUCCAAGGAGGCAGAGAUAUUGUCCCACCGCCAAAGCUAUUGUGCUGGUACCUAGAACAGCCAUUAUGAAGUGGAAAAAAAUCAGGGCCAGCUGUCCCCUUCUGGUCCCCAUGCCUGGCCCAAUCAGGGCCAGGAACUGCCCCUGUCCUUUGCUAAUUACCCAUCUGUGAGGAGGGGGGGGGCGGGAUGCUAUAAAGCAAAGUCUUUCUCAGCA